AAAAUAAAAAAAGUAUCUACCAAAAAAGAUAAAAAAUAAAAUAAAAAGUAAAAUAAAAAAAGUACAAAAAGAAAUCUUAUUAUAAAAAAUAUAAAUCCACAAAGACCUCAAAAAACAUAGAAGAAAAUCACAAUCUUUCUUUCUUUCUUCGUGAGUUUCAGAUUUUUCUCUCUUGAAUCGCCAUGGCUGCUCUGCAAUACCUUGAAUCUCUUCGUAGUUCACAUCCUGAACUCGGCGAUUGGUACAAUUCUCUUGCGGAUCUGUACCAGAAAAAGCUAUGGCACCAGCUCACUCAAAAGCUCGAUGGCUUCCUCGCUCUUGCCGUUUUUCAGGCUGGUGAUGCUUUGAUACAAUUAUAUAACAAUUUCAUCACAGAUUUUGAGACCAAAAUCAACCUUCUCAAGCUUGCUCAUUUUGCUGUGUUGGUUUCCCGACAGUAUCCUGAGAGAGAAGCUGCCAUCGGUUAUCUUGAAGGGGUCAUUGAGAAACUGCAAGCCACUAGAGAGCAGCGUAUAGAAGAGCCUAUCCUAUACAUUAAGAUGCAAAUCGCUUUAUUUAAGCUUGAACAAGGUGAUCAAAAAGAAUGCAAGAAUCUUCUCGAAAAUGGAAAGAGCACACUAGACAGCAUGACAGAUAUUGAUCCAACUGUUUAUGCUAGCUAUUACUGGGUAUCUUCUCAAUAUCACAAAUCCCGUCAGGAAUUUGCUGAGUUCUACAAAAGUGCCCUUCUCUAUUUGGCAUACACAGCAGUGGAGUCACUCUCUGACUCAUUCAAAUUGGAUUUGGCAUUUGACUUGUCCCUUUCUGCCCUACUGGGAGAUAAUAUCUACAACUUUGGAGAGCUACUUGCCCAUCCUAUUAUUAAGAGCCUCCUGGAAACAAAGGUAGAAUGGCUCUACUAUAUUCUGCAGGCAUUUAAUUCUGGUGAUUUGGUUCGAUAUCAAGAAUUAUGCCAGGUGCAUAAUGCUGCUUUAAGGGCUCAACCAGCACUAGUUCAAAAUGAACAGAAGCUGUUGGAAAAGAUUAACAUUCUCUGUCUGAUGGAAAUUAUAUUCAGCCGGCCUUCGGAAGAUCGAACCAUUCCCUUGAGUGUAAUUUCUGAGCGCACAAAACUUUCUAUUGAGGAUGUGGAGCAUCUCCUUAUGAAGAGCUUAUCUGUUCAUCUGAUUGAGGGUAUAAUUGAUCAAGUUGACGGCACAGUACAUGUUUCCUGGGUGCAACCAAGAGUUCUGGGUAUUCAACAGAUAAAAUCAUUGAGGGAUCGACUGGACAGUUGGACAGGGAAAGUACACACGGCAUUGUUGUCCAUCGAGGCUGAAACGCCUGAUCUAAUUGGAUCAUAAUUUUCUUUGUUUUCUACCAAAUGUAAUGAUUUAUCCUGAGGCAACAAAAGACGAAGAGACUUCCGAGUUACAUGGGCAUAUAGCCAACUUAUGCGCUUCAUUUCCUUUUGCUGCUGCUUUUGAAUGAUUGCUGGAAAUAGCAACCCGCAUCAGUUCCGAACUAGUUGUUUUUACAUCUUAGAGUGAUGAUAGAACUAUGUACCUGGAACUUUAGAAGUUCUUAUCAUUUAAUUGAGCCAAGCGACUAUUUUCUAUUGCCAAA